UUCCCCCGUCGUCGUCGACUCUCCGUCGAUCGAUCUGUAUAAAUUCCAUGCGGGCGACCCGAGAUAAAACUCCAGCUGGGAUCCUGGGACCAUCGCCGGGCGAGGCGAAAAUGGGGAGAGGAGCCGGCCGCGUUUUGCUGAUCGCCAUGGCGCUCCUCCUCGCGCUGCACACCAGGCCGGCGUCGGCUCUCACCAAGUCUUACUUGGUGAUGGCCAGCCAACGGCCGGCCUCUUGGUCCGAUCUGCUCACUCAAAUCACCAGCCAGUUCCGGAUACUCUAUACCUUCGAACCAAUCAACGGGAUCGGGCUGCAGAUCGACACCGUUUUCGUACCACACCUUAAACUGCUCACAGGGAUACUGGUGAUCGAAGACAAGCUUCGGCAGGUCAGCACGACCCACUCGUGGGGGUUCCUAGGCCUCAAGGGAUCAGACGGCGAGACAGCCAACGAGUGGAACAACGUCCCCAACUCCGGCGAGGGAGUCAUCAUCGCCAAUGUCGACACGGGUGUAUCCCCAAUAUCUCCAAGCUUCAGGGACGACGGCAGCUUGCCCGCCUUAUCGAAGUCGCGUUGGCGUGGCGAAUGUGAAGCCAGCCCCGGCUGCAACAACAAGUUGAUCGGCGCGAGGUUGUUCAACGAGGGCAUCAAGGCGAUGAACAAGGAGAAUGGCGGCGUCAACGGCCAGCAGCUGAACGAGACCGAUCUGAACUCGCCGUGGGACUACGUGGGGCACGGAACGCACACGCUGUCCACCGCUGGCGGCGGCUUCGUAGCCAAUGUCGGCGCCUUCGGCCACGGGACGGGCACGGCCAAGGGCGGCUCGCCGCGGGCGCACGUGGCCUCGUACAAGGCGUGCUUCGCGCCAGGGUGCUCCGACCUGGACAUCCUCAUGGCCAUACUCACCGCGGUGGCGGACGGCGUGCAGGUGCUCUCGCUCUCCCUCGGCGCCCCGGCGACCGACUAUGUCUCCGACAUGAUGGCGAUUGGCACGGCAUUCGCUGUCACCCAGGAGGUUGUCGUCGUCGCCGCUGCCGGUAACUCGGGCCCGGUGGCUGGCUCGGUCACGAAUGUGGCUCCGUGGAUGCUCACGGUGGGUGCGAGCACCAUGGACAGAAUCUUCCCCGCCGAUGUCGUCACCGGUGCCAAGACUAUCACGGGACAAAGUCUAUCAAACAGCACCUUGCCUGCCAACGAGCCAAUUGCGAUGAUCAGCGGGGAGAAGGCCAAUUCUGCAGGACAAUCUGUAGCCAACUCGGUGCUGUGCUUGCCGGGCUCCCUGGACCCUGCCAAGGUAGCGGGUAAGAUAGUUGUGUGCAAGGGAGCGAGAGGCCGAGCCGCCAAGGGGCAGGUGGUGAAGCAGGCCGGUGGCGUCGGCAUGGUACUCUGCAACGACGCCACUAGCGGAGCCAGCAUCAUCACCGACCCGCAUAUCAUCCCGACGGCUCACUGCUCCUACUCCCAGUGCCAGGAGCUCUUCAACUACCUCCAGUCCACCGGAUCGCCGAUGGGUUACAUCAAGACGAGGGACGCAGAGGUGGGUGUGAAGCCAUCGCCGGUGAUGGCAGCAUUCUCAUCCCGUGGGCCCAACACCAUCACCCCUCAGAUCCUCAAGCCUGACAUCACGGCGCCAGGCGUGGGUGUGAUCGCCGCUGUAAGUCAGGAGGUCUCGCCGACCGGCCUGGUUUCCGAUGGCCGCCGUGUCCCCUACAGCGUAAUGACCGGAACCUCCAUGGCGUGCCCUCACGUGGCAGGAAUCGCCGGCCUGCUCAGGGCAAGGUACCCGAAAUGGGGCCCUCCCAUGAUCUAUUCCGCUAUCAUGACCACCGCCACAACGGAAGCCAACGAUAACACCAGGAUCCGGGACGAGACGGGCAGUGCCGCCACGCCGUUCAGCUACGGUUCGGGCCACGUUGACCCAGUAAGGGCCUUGGACCCGGGCCUGGUGUACGACACCACGACGCACGACUAUGCCAACUUCAUUUGCUCACUGAGGCCCACCGACACCCAGGGCCUGCUCCCGGUUUCCCUCCCACUACCACUCAGCAUACUCUGGACUCUGCUCGCCCGUGUGUUCCGCGACACCAACUCCAACCCGUUCGAGUGCAGCCAUGGCGCCAACCACCCCGAGGAUCUCAACUACCCGUCCAUCUCUGUGGCCUGCCUGCCCCAUUCCGGUAGCGUUGUCACCGUGAAGCGCAGGGUCAUGAAUGUUGGUGGCGGGGCGGCGUCGUACACCGCCAGCAUCAUGCAGCCGGCCGGGGUCACGGUCACUGUGAACCCCAGCACGCUGGUCUUUGAUGGUGAGAACGCAGAGGAGGAGAAACACUUCACGGUGACACUUCAAGUCCACAACGCCGAGGAGGCUGCCGGUUACGUGUUCGGCAGCAUGGAAUGGUCGGAUGGGAACCACCGCGUCAGGAGCCCCAUUGUGGCCACUACCAAGUGUGUCUAGCGUCUGGAGUCGAUCGUCAUCAGCAAUAAAUUGAGGGGUUGCCUACUUCUAAUAGUAGUACUACAUGUUUUUUUUAGCCAUAGUACUACUCCCUCCGUUCCCAAAUAAUUGUCUUUCUAGCCAUCUCAAAUGGACUACAACAUACGAAUGUAUGUAGACAUGUUUUAGAGUGUAGAUUCACUCAUUUUACUCCGUAUGCAGUCACUUGUUGAAAUCUUUAGAAAGACAAUUAUUUAGGAACGGAGGGAGUACAUGUUAGUAGGCUACUCAAGGAAUGCGAUUGACCAUCGUGCCCUCUAAGACAAAGAGAUAUGUUUUAA